AAACAAGCAAGCGGCGUCAAUAAAGUCAUACGCAUUAAGGCUCAGUUCAGUCAAGUCAACCACUUUUCACAAAAAAUCGUUAAAAAUCGUUAAUUUCUUCGAACGUCGCUAUAUUAAAAAAACGCAAGGCUCAAUUCAGUCAAUCCUUAUCUAUUCCAACUCUGAGUAAGCGAGCAAGCGAAAAGUGUGUGAAAAUGGCUUGGAAAAUGCUCUUCGCCAUUUUGUUGCUGCUGAGUGCGGCCAAAACCGGCUAUUUGGCCCCGGAGUCGGAAAACUCUGUGGAGGAUGUGCAGAUAGAGCCCGGCGCCAUCUAUGGCGAUGAGAAGUUUGCCUACAAGAGUCCGGUGAUCGAUGCCGAAAAGUUUUACUUUGCGGAUCACUUCGACGACGUGGAGGCAUCCCGAAAGAGAUGGGUACUGUCGCAGGCCAAGAAGAACGACAUCGCCGAUGAGAUAGCCAAAUACGAUGGCAUCUGGAACUGGGAGUCUCCGCAACGCAUCUUUUGGGCAAACGAUCUGGGUCUGGUGCUCAAGUCGAAGGCCAAGCAUGCGGCCAUAGCCGCCCCCUUUCGCCAGCCGUUCGAUUUCAAGUCGAACAAGCCGCUGGUGGUGCAGUACGAGCUUACGUUGCAGGAGGGUCAGGACUGUGGCGGCUCGUAUCUGAAGCUUUUGUCCGCCGGAAAAGGCACGGAGCAACUAAAUCGCUUCAAUGACAAGACACCCUAUACCAUCAUGUUUGGUCCGGACAAGUGCGGCAACAAUUUGAAAAUGCACUUUAUAUUCCGGCACGUCAAUCCAUUAAAUGGCAACAUCACCGAAAAGCACUGCAAAAAGCCAAAUGCCCGUUUGGGAGUGCCAUUCACGGACAAGCUACCCCAUCUCUACCAGCUGGUGGUCCGUCCCGAUAACAGCUUUGAGAUUCGCUUAGACCACAAGAUCAUCAAAGAGGGUUCCCUGCUGACCGACUUUGUGCCACCAGUCAACCCACCGGCGGAGAUAGAUGACCCCAAUGACCACAAGCCAGAAUCGUGGGAUGAGCGGAAGAAGAUCCCAGACCCCAAUGCCCACAAGCCCGAGGAUUGGGACGAGGAUGCUCCACCACAUCUGCCCGAUACCGAUGCCGUCAUGCCAAAUGGCUGGCUAGAGGAUGAGCCCGACAUGAUUUUCGAUCCAACUGCCAUCGAACCCGAAGAUUGGAAUUCCGAAAUCGAUGGCGAGUGGGAGGCUCCUCUGGUGGAGAACCCAGUGUGCAAGAAGGCCCCCGGCUGUGGCAAGUGGAAGGCUCCGCUCAUCCCCAAUCCCAACUACAAGGGCAAGUGGAGUGCACCAAUGAUCGAGAACCCCAACAACCAGGGCAAGUGGGCUCCCAGGAAGAUAGCCAAUCCAGACUUCUUUGAGGAUCUGAAGCCCUUCCAAAUGACGCCAAUCAACGCUGUGGGUCUGGAGCUGUGGUCCAUGUCCAGCGAUAUUCUCUUCGAUAACCUGAUCAUCACGGACGAUGUGGAGUUGGCCCGUGACUUUGCUGCCAACAGCUUCGACAUCAAGCGUCUCUACAUCGAUCGUGAAUCAUUCGGGAAUAAGGUAGUCGAGCUAGCUAGGGCCAAUCGAGCGAUCUGGGGCAUUGUCAUAGUGGCCAUUGCGGUGCCGGUUGCCAUUACCAUCUUCUGUAAAUUUGGUUUAGGCCCGAGUAGGGUUGCGGCUGCCAAAAAAGCUGCUGCUGCCGCGGCCAAGAAGACCGACGAUCCUCAGCCCGAUGAUGACCUGGGGGCCGAGGAGGAGGAAAAGUUGGAGAAGGGGAAGAAGGAGGAGGAAAAGAAGGAGGAGGAGGAGGAGGAGGAGAAGGAGGAGAAUAAGGAGGAAAAGAAGGAGGAGGAGAAGGAUGACGAGAAGGAGAUGAAGGAUUGCGAGGAGGAGGAGGAUGACGAGGAGAAGGAUGACGAGGAGAAGACCGACGAAAGGGCCGCUGGUGAUACCAACAAGGAAAGCACACCGCUGUCCGCUAGUCCCAAGAAGAACCAAAAGUCUUAUUUAGAUAAUAACGAAGAUGAGGAAGACACAUUAAAGAACAAGGAACCUACCCCAAAAAAAAGGAAGCGUAAAGCACUCAAGGAGUAAGCGGGCAUCCGUAGUCACUGCAACUCUAAAUAAGAAACUAAAUCGAAUUCCAAGAUCCAACUGUUGCAGAGCACCAACAACCAAAUGAUCAAGCAAACGUAGAUUUUAAACAUGUUCUAAUUUCGCCAAAAGAGCCGACAUCUCGAUCAAACUACACACACACACACACUAUCCCACAAACACACAGACACUAUUUCACAAACACACACACACACUCUCCCACACACACACACUCUCCCACACACACACACACACUCUCCCACACAUACACACACACACAUACACAUAACACAUCCAAAUCCAAAUAAAAUCGGAUUAAAAAAAAAGAAUUGGGU